AUGUCCUCGAGGGUGUCCACCGUCCUCACCGUCGCCGGCGUCACCGCCCUCGGCGGCCUCGUUGCAUACGCUGUCUACUUCGACUACAGGCGGAGGACCGAUGGCGACUUCCGCAAGCGCCUGCGGAAGGACAAGAAGAAAGUCAAAAAUGCAACGCAGUCGCAGGCGGGCGAGGCCUCAGCUUCUGGAGUGGGUCCGGAGGAGCUGAGAGCGGCCCUCGACAAAGUCCGAGAUGAGGAGCUGCCACCCGACCCGGAGGCCAAGGAGCAAUACUUUAUGACCCAUGUUGGUAUGGGUGAACAGCUCUGCGCGCAGGGUCCUAUGUUCUACCUACCCGCUGCGCUGUCAUUCUACCGUGCUCUCCGGGUGUACCCCUCACCUGUAGAGCUCAUCAUGAUUUACCAGAAGACCGUACCGGAACCCGUGUUCAAGAUCAUCAUGGAGUUAACUCAGCAGGACGUGAGUGUGCCUUCGUCCACAGAGGGUAGUGUGCAGCGUGAGGCCUCGGACGAGGAUGAGACAAGUCCUACGAGGUCGGGUCCUCCCUCGGAGGCUUCAUCCCAAGAAUGGGACAGGCUUACUGAUCCGGGCAGCCAGCCUAUGCAACGUUAUUACGACGUGUUCCCGCCUAAGAGCAUGAAUGUGUCUGUACAACCUGCACCCGGCGAUGCCAGCAAAGUUCGCAAAAUUCUCGUCGCUGAGAAAGAUUUCGAGCCUGGAGAUGUCAUCUACAAGGAGCGGCCUAUCGUUGCAGUUCUCGACCCAGAUCUUCAAGCUCAGGGCACAUACUGCAGCCACUGUUUCCGUUACAUCCAAGGCGACUCGGCUAUUCGUCCUGAAUCCGAUCGUCUCGGUUCUGUCUACUGCUCGGAGGAUUGCCAGGCCAAGGCCAAGAUUCAAUCUCAUAACCUCCUAUUCGGUCUCGACCCCGUUCUCCCUCCAGAGCUCGACCAUGGACAGUCGCAGCUGUCAAAGCCUGCCCGGGAAGCAGCCCAGUCGAAGUUUACGGACUACAUCAAGAAGGAAGGUCGCUCAAUCCCUCUGCUCUCUGCCCGGUUCGUUGCGCGACAGAUUGCAAUCGAGACUGCGAAAAUGCUGCCGAUCAAGACGGGCCCGGUCGUUGAAGAGCUUGCGGAGGCCUCGAUCGGCGGUACCGACUACAGCUUGUAUGAUCACAUAGAGCGCUUGCGGUUCGUCGAGGGCAAGGCCUCCGAGAGCGAGACGAAGCUUCUGUGCGAUGUUUUGGGUGCUGCUCUGCCCGGCCUCGAGCAGUCGGUCACGGAAGAGCGAUUGGCUACGUACCAGGGCAAGUUGGCAUACAACGCUAUUGGUGUCUGCUACUCCGGCGGAAGGGAUGACAAGCCCGACUCCGGCAAGCGCCCCGAAGAACAGGAACGAAUGCGUACGCCGCAUGGCACAUCGCGACAGAUUGGCAGUGGUCUUUACCCGGUCUCGGCUUAUAUCACGCACUCGUGCGCGCCUUCCGCGAGCCCGUCGUUCAGCUCCGGCACCUCGGAGCUGUCUCUCAUCGCGUCGAAACCCAUCAAGAAGGGCGAAGAGAUCACUAUGGCUUAUGUGGAUGUCUCGCAGCACCCCGACGAGACGCCAGAGCAGGCCAAGCGCCGCCGCCGUAUCGAGCUCGCUCGUGGAUGGAGGUUCAAGUGCGAAUGCGAGCGAUGUCUCUCCGAGGCCACCGACGGCAACGAGAGCGAUCUCGGCGUCGAGAAGGAUGAGUCGAAGGUCGAGGACGUGGUGAACCGUGUCGAGGCGGGUGCUGAGACCUACCUCACGGACAAACCUCAGUAA